AUGGCGAAUUCCAACUUCUUAUCAGCUGAGUACGGACCGCAGCAGUCGAAUUGGCUCUUUCGCCCGUUCAAGGGCUCGAUGUCUUUGCCGCCCCUCGCAUUCUUCUUACUUUAUAUCCCCUUGCUAUAUUCACAGGAAUACGAUGCCCACUUGAGAAAUAUCAUCCCUUACUUGAUAAGAAGUGAAGCAGCUUCGGAAUCCGAGUUCGCGCCUUCGAUACAAAAUGAGGAAAUCGAAAAUGAUGGUCGUUUUGCAAUAGAGAUCGAUGCAAACUACUUCGACAAUGUGAAGAGCUUGGCCGAAAAAUCGGGUUUUGAAAUCGAGAAAAAGGUACUCUUUGAUCUCAGUAUUUGA